GGCUCCGGUGCCGCCAUGGCGGAGCCGCUCGCCCCCUCCGGGUUCCAGUUCGCCAUCGACCGCGGCGGGACCUUCACGGACGUGUUCGCCCGCUGUCCCGGGGGCCGCGUCCGCGUCCUCAAGCUGCUCUCCGAGGACCCCGCGUACCGGGACGCGCCCACCGAGGGGAUCCGCCGCGUCCUGCAGGAGGAGCUGGGGGUGCCGUUGCCCCGGGACCAGCCCCUGGACGGAUCCGGGAUCCAGUGGAUCCGCAUGGGCACCACGGUGGCCACCAACGCGCUGCUGCAGCGCCGGGGCGAGCGCUCGGCCCUCGCCGUCACCCGCGGCUUCCGGAACCUUCUGCACAUCGGGAACCAGGCCCGGCCACGGCUCUUCGACCUGGAGGUGGCCAUGCCCGAGGUUCUCUAUGAGGAGGUGAUCGAGGUGGACGAGCGGCUGAUCCCGGAGCAGGAGGGGUGUCACCUGCCGGGGAGUGACACCUGGCCACGGGUGACAGGCUGUUCCGGGGUGACCCUGCUGCUGCAGGGGCCGCUGGACCUGGAGCGGCUCCGCUCGGACCUGCAGGGGGUCCUGGCCCGGGGGAUCCGGAGCCUGGCGGUGCUGCUGCUGCACAGCUACGCGUGGCCGGGUCACGAGGAGCAGGUCGGAUCCCUGGCGGCACACCUGGGUUUCUCGCAGGUGUCCCUCUCCUCUCAGGUGGCCGGGAUGGCGCGGGCGGUGCCGCGGGGUCUCACCGCCUGUGCCGACGCCUACCUGAGCCCCGGGGUCCGGCGGUACCUGAGCGGCUUCUGCGGGGGCUUCAAGAACGGGCUCAAGGUGAGACUCGGGAGGGGCUGCGAGACCCCCGGGAACCCCUGGAGACCCCUGGAGACCCUGGAGACCCCCGGGACACCCUGGGGACCCCUGGGGAACCCCUGGGACCCCCUGGAGACCCCUGGAGACCCCCUGGGGACCCCCUGGAGAUGCCGUGGAGGGGGUCCCCUGACUGUCACCGAUGCCAACCUCGUCCUGGGCCGGCUGCUCCCCGAGUUCUUCCCCCGCAUUUUCGGCCCCUCCGAGGAUCAGCCGCUCUGUCGCGACACGGCCCUGGCCGCCUUCCGCCGCCUGGCCGCGGCCAUCCGCGCCUAUCGCGACAGCGGCGGCGACAGCGGCGACAGCGGCGACAGCGGCGACAGCGAGCCCGUGUCGGUGGAGGAGGUGGCCCUGGGCUUCAUCCGGGUGGCCAACGAGGCGAUGUGCCGGCCCAUCCGAGCCCUCACCGAGGUGGGGAGGGGGCACAGCGGGCUGCUCUCGGCGCUGGGGCUGGCGCUGGCAGACGCGGUGCAGGAGGAGCAGGAGCCGUGCGCGCUCCCGUACGAGCCCAGCGCGUUCCCGCGCCUCGAGCAGCGGCUGCGGGAGCUGGAGCGGCGCUGCCGGGACGCGCUCAGGGGACAGGGCUUCAACGACGAGCAGAUCCAGACGGAGCCGUUCCUGCACCUGCGUUACGAAGGCACCGACUGUGCGCUGAUGGUGUCAGCGCGGGGUCACCCGGCACACCCCGGCUCCUGUGGGGCGGGUGACUUCCUGUCAGCCUUCACCGAACGGUACCGGCUGGAGUUCGGUUUCACCAUCCCGGGCCGGGCGGUUCUCGUGGACGAUUUGCGGGUUCGGGGCUGCGGCAGCACCGGGAGCGUCCCCGAGACCCCCCUGGGACCCCGCGGGGACCCCCCGAGAGCCGAGACC